AUGUCGUCCGGAGACUCCGUUGCGCCCCACCAAAGGGCUGCAUGUGAGCAGCUACACGGCGAGUAUAAGCAGUGCCUUGCUAAGAGCGGCCGAACCAACUUCAGCGCAUGCACGGACUUCCACAGCAAACUCCGAGCCUGCGAGAACAUGCUGAGUACAUCGUACUGCAUUGACGAGGGUAUCAAUCUGAUGAAGUGCACAAAAAAACCGGAUUCCUCGUUCUGCGCCAAGGAAUUUGUGGCAAUGCGCGAGUGCAACAGACCGCGAGGGCCGCACAUCGUCCUCUCUCCGUCUUCCUCUCCGUCUUCCCCGCCUCAUUACGAACUGCGCCCCGAAGUGAAGCAUCUCUACAAUGUCGAGUCGACAGACUUGGGUGCGGCGGUUGCUCCCAUGAGAAACAAGCAGCAGCUUGACGGGGUUGCGGAUUCGCUGAAAGCCGAGCUCAAUCUCCCUGGCUACGGGCACGUUCCCUACAAGUGGGAGAGCCUGCGCCCGAAUCCGGGAGCGUGA